CAACGACUUCAGCUCCCAAACCUUGAAAUCGCUCUCUUCCGUUAACCCGUUUCUUCCGGCAACUAGAUCACCAAGCUUAGCUCGGUCACCGGACUCACCGCCGGCGGGUGUCCAUCAGCGAUAAAGAAUCAAUUUUUCCGACUCCCAAUGCCUGUCUAAGUCUCCUUUUGGUGAAAUUGCAUUGUCUUGGGAGGAUUGCUAGAUGGUGUGGCUGGUGAUUGUUGGCUUGUUGGUAUUACUCUGGGCGGUUUCUUUAGGCAAAAUACACUUGGGUUCAUCUUUAAAUUCCAAGACCACCUUCCUGAAUGAUAAUGCAAGUGCUGGGUUGCCUUCAAGGAAAAAUGUCUUGUUGGUUAUUGCACACCCUGAUGAUGAGACAAUGUUCUUUUCACCAACAAUCAAUUACCUGACUUCAAGGGGGCAUAAUGUUUAUAUACUGUGCUUGUCAACUGGUAAUGCAGAUGGUAUUGGGGGCAUCAGGAAAGAAGAGCUGUACCUAGCAUCUGUUGUCUUGAAGGUGCCAUCCCAGCGAGUGAAGGUUGUGGACCACCCAGAUUUGCAGGAUGGUUUUCACAAGGUCUGGAACUGUAAUUUAUUGGAAAUGAUUAUUAAGGAGGAAGUUGAUUCUAAAGCCAUUGAUGUGAUAAUAACUUUUGAUAAUUAUGGUGUUUCUGGUCAUUGUAAUCACUGUGAUGUACAUCGGGGAGUGCGAAAGCUCUUCCAAAAUUCUUCCCAACAAGUUGAAGCCUGGGAACUUGUCAGUAACAACAUAUUGCGCAAAUACUGUGGACCAGUUGAUAUUUGGUUGUCCAUUUUAUUAGCCAGGAAAUGUCUAAACAGAGAACUGCAGUCUUUGCUGAACGAAAAUCCCUUUCAAAGCUAUGCUGCAAUGGCUCAACAUAGGAGCCAAUGGAUAUGGUUCCGGAAGCUUUUUGUGUCAUUUUCAAGCUACACUUAUGUAAACACUCUUAAGAUGAUGAACCGUUAGGCAAUACCUACAACCAUUUUUUGGCUUUUUUUGUUUGGGGGGGGGGGGGGUGGAAAGGAGGGAAAACGGAGAAUAAGAUGGGGGUGGUGAAGGAAGUGGGAAAGGGGAGGAGGGAGUGAAGAUCAUUGUGGGAGUGAUGGGGCCAUGGUGGAAAGAGAAGGGUGAGAAGGUGGUCAAAGUGGUGGUGGUGGUGGUGGUGGUGGUUGAUGGGGUGUAUUAGGGUGUUUUUUGGGUGCUCCUUGGGAGGUUGCUGAAUAGUUUUUGGACAAAAUAACAUGUUCUUAUUAUUAUUUCUUUUUUGGGUCUAAAAUAUGAAGCUCGAGUAAUGCCUAUUGCCUAUAGCUUCUUAUGAGUAUUUAAGAGCAAAUUGUUGUAGUUUGACUGUGUAAAGUAUCCAAAUAUGAAUUUUUUGUAUUUUUUUCUUGAUCA